AUGCCCCCCAAACGCCCCCGCCGCUCCUCCAUAACACUCCCUAUAAAACGCCCCAAAACCUCCCCCUCCCACCCCGACCCUCCCCCCCGGGACCCGCACCGCAUUACCUCCGCCCCGCCGCCUCCGCCCGCCCCGUUCCCCCCCUCCGGCGCAACAGCCUACACCUCCGUCUCCGGCCCCAUCCAAGCCGGCACCCUCCGCGCCCUCACCGCCCUCCGCCUCCGGCCCGACUACGAAUCCUGCAACCCCUCCCUGACGGACGCGCAGCUCCGCAUGCACUGGGACUUCUCCCACGCGGCACUCCCGCGCGCCGCCGACGACCCGUUAAGAGUGCCGGACGUGAAUAUCGAGGGGGAAUGGGACAUGUAUAAGCUGCGGGCGCUGGUGGAGGGCAGCCGGGAGGACAUCGAGGUGCUGAACGGGGCGGUGGUGGAUGCGGAGAGGGAGGUGCAUGACGUGGAUCGCAAGAUUGAGGAUGCGAGGAGGAUGGGGUGCGGGUGCGGGGUGGAUAGCGUGAUUGAAUUCUGGGCGCCGAGGGUGGAUGGGUAUAGUAGGUGGCGAUGCCUUCAGGUGUCGACUGGUAAGUAUGAGGUCGAUGCGGAGUGGGAUGUUGGUAAGCUUCAAGAAGUCUUCUCGGCGGCUCAGAGGGACACUCGUGAAGGAUCUAAGGUCACAAUUUGGAGGGAUCACGUCGAAAUGUGA